AUGAGGAGGGAGCUGGCUUCCUCCUUCGCUACUGCCGCCGCCACGGCGGGUGCUUCCUCCUCGGCUGCCGACGCGCUCCGGGGCUGGUGGGACGACGUCAACGAGUCGCCCCAGUGGCAGGACGCGGCCUUCUUCUCCCUCGCCGCCGCCUACGCCCUCGUCUCCGCCGUCGCACUGAUUCAGCUCAUCAGGAUCCAGCGCCGGGUGCCCGAGUUCGGAUGGACCACGCAGAAGGUCUUCCACCUCAUGAACUUCCUUGUCAAUGGGGUCCGUACUCUGGUAUUCGGCUUCCAUGUCCAUGUCUUCCUCCUCCGCACAAAAGUAUACAAGUUGGUGUUGCUAGAUCUCCCCGGGUUGUUGUUUUUCUCCACCUACACCUUGCUUGUGCUCUUCUGGGCAGAAAUAUACCAUCAGGCUAGGAGUCUCCCGACCGACAAGCUAAGGCCUGCAUACAUUGCCGUUAACAUCAUCAUAUAUGUUGUUCAGGUUUGCAUAUGGAUAUACCUCGGAAUAAAUGAUAAUGCUGUGGUUGAGCUGGCCAGCAAAAUAUUCAUUGUAGCUGUCUCCUUCAUCGCGCUUCUUGGCUUUUCAGUAUAUGGUGGAAGGUUAUUUGUCUUGCUGAGACGUUUCCCUAUUGAAUCUAAGGGGCGGCAAAAGAAGCUUUAUGAGGUUGGGACUGUGACAGCAAUUUGUGUUACCUGCUUCCUGAUAAGAUGUGUUGUGGUUGCAUUAUCUGCAUUUGAUGCCGAUGUAUCUCUCGAGGUUUUGGAUCAUCCAAUCCUAGAUUUCUUCUAUUAUAUGUUUGCCGAGAUACUGCCUUCUGCGCUAGUUCUCUUCGUCCUUCGGAAGCUUCCUCCCAAGCGGCGACGUGCAUCUGCGACCUCCAAGCUAGGACAUAGGAGUAGCAGCUCGAUCCCCAUGUUCCCGUCCCGUCACCGCCUGCUCACCUUCUCCGUCGUCCUCGUCUUCCUCCUCCCUGCCCCUGGCGUGCACCCUCAGGCGCCCAACCUCUGCAGCACCAAGGCCAAUGGCAGGUACGCCUGCGCAGACUGCUCCACCUCUGCUGUCACCUCCAAUCGCGGGCCCACCUUCGAGGCCAAUCUCCUCCGUUUCCGGGACUCCCUCAAGGACAUGCCCGCCAGCAACGCGAGCUUCCUGAACGCCACCUUCGCCGCCGCCGCGGGCGACGUGCCGGAGGACACGGUGUACGGCCUCGCCACGUGCCUCGCGGACGCCGAGGCGUCCGAUUGCGUCGCCUGCCUCGCCGCCGCAGCCGGCGAGCUGCCCGGGACGCGCUUCUUCGGCGUGGCGGACAAGUCGAAGGCGCGCUGGUUCGACGUGCCCAACCCCAGCAACUUCUCCGACCCGUCCGGACUCGCCGCGGCGCGCGAGAGGCUGAACGGCCGGAUGCUUCCGGCGGCGGCCAAGUCGCCGCGCCGGUUCGCGUUCGACGACGAGCCGGUCACCGCCAACGCGACGCUGCACGGGCUGGCGCAGUGCACCGAGGACCUGACCGCCAAGGAGUGCUGGCGCUGCUUGGCGGGGAACGUGGUCCGGGUCGGCGUCUGCUGCGCGGACAUGGACGGCGUCCGCAUCAACGCGGCCAGCUGCUACCUGCGCUACGAGUUCAUGGCCAUCGUGCCUGGCACGCCGCCGUCCAUGGCACCGCUGGUGGAACCGCCUCCUCCGGAGGCACCGUCAGGAGACAUAGUAGCAGGCGCGCUGGGUUCGGCGGCGCUGCUGUGCUUCCUUGUUGCCGGAGGUUUCUGGCUAUGGAAGAAGCGAAGAAGGGGAUCCUCAGACUCAGACAGGAGGAAGAGGAUGGAGUCACUGCUGCAGCUGCAGCACCACUACCCACGACGGUACAGCUACGCGCAGGUGAAGCGGAUGACCAAGUCCCUCGCCCACAAGCUGGGCCAGGGCGGCAACGGCACGGUGUACAAGGGCAGGCUCCCGGAGCCGGACGGGCGCGAUGUGGCGGUGAAGAUGCUCAAGGAGGCCAAGGUGGACGGCGAGGAGUUCGUGAACGAGGUGGCCAGCAUCAGCCGGACGUCGCACGUCAACGUGGUGACGCUGCUGGGCUUCUGCCUGGAGGGAUCGGGAUCCAGGUCCAAGAGGUGCCUCGUCUACGAGUACAUGCCCAACGGCUCGCUGGAGAGGUACACCGUCGGCGAUGGCGGAGGACGGUGGUGUCUGCUGUGGGAGCAGCUGUUCGACGUGGCGGUGGGCAUCGCGCGGGGGCUCGAGUACCUCCACCGCGGCUGCAACGCCCACAUCGUGCACUUCGACAUCAAGCCCCACAACAUCCUGCUGGACGGCGGCCUCCGCCCCAAGAUCUCCGACUUCGGGCUGGCCAAGCUGUGCCCGCAGAAGGAGAGCACCAUCGCCGUGUCCAUCGCCGGGGCCAGGGGCACCGCCGGCUACAUCGCGCCGGAGGUCUUCUCCAGGCAUGCGGGAGCCGCCGUCACCAGCAAGUCCGACGUGUACAGCUACGGCAUGAUGGUGCUGGAGAUGGUCGGCGCCACCAGAGGCACGGGCAGUGGUGGCGUGUCUGGUGAUGAUUCCGGAACGGGAACGGCGAGCACGGCCGCCACCAGGUACUUCCCAGAGUGGCUGUACCAAGAUCUGGACCGGUUCUGCGCGGAAGCAGCCUGUGGACCGGACGCGGAGGCCACGGAGGAGGUGGUGAGGAAGCUGGUGAUCGUUGGCCUCUGGUGCAUCCGCCUCUCGCCGCAGGAUCGGCCGACGAUGAGCAGGGUCGUGGAGAUGCUGGAGAAGACAACCACGGCGGACCUGCAGCUGCCGCCGGGGUCCUGA